GCAUUAGGUAUGGAGUCAGCUAUUGAAAGAAGAUCAGGUCAUUUUGAUGUAUUAAAAAAGCAACAAGGUCAGGAGGAACUAGAGCUAAGGUUAGGGUUAGGGUUAGGGUUAGGAUUAGGAUCGGGUGAUGAUGAUGGUGAUAUGAAAAUGGUGGUUAGAAAUAACCAACAGGGGUCUUCGUCUUCGUCUUCACUUGUUUUAUGCACUAAUACCUCAAUUCCACAUUAUUCCCCACCAGGAAUUUGGUUCUCUUUACGUUCUUCAGUUAACCGCAAAGGAGAUGUUCUACCUCAGCUUCCAAAAGCGUUUAUAAGAGUCAAAGACGAGAAGGUGACAAUCUUCAUGCUUAAAACCUACCUGGUUACAAAGCUUGGUCUCUCCAACCAAGCUGAGGUUGAGAUUUCAUGUAUGGGGCAAAAUUUGAUGCAUAGUCUAACCUUGAAGCAUGUACGUGAUGCUAUUUGGUUGCCAGGAUUGGUAGAAUUCUUGAAGUCAAAGACAGAAUUCAUUAAAAGUUCACAAGGAGCUAGUGUCAACUAUCUCAUGUCCUUAGACUAUGGUAGGACUUGCCUAUGA